CCCUUUCCCUCCAUCACGACACUGGUUCGGAAUCCCGGGGAAAUAUUACCGGAGAAAUACCGCGGCAAGCAACGCUGAGGAGGCAUCACCACACGUGUCGCAGCAGUCGUUGGGACUGCAUUCUCCCUCCCCCUUCUUUUCUCCCCAUCCCUUUGAUCCGCCGCCUUCUUUCCCAUCCGAUCCACCUAGGGAGACGGAAACCCCGUCUCGCGCGCCUUGACUCUUUCCCACAAUGCGGUCUAGCAUCGCCUGUGCUCGCUGUCGUCGCAGCAAGAUCAAAUGUGUCAAUUCCGGUAUCGACACCACCUGUCGCGCUUGUGAAUCAUCCGGCCGAGAAUGUGUAUAUCCUACUCCUGCCAUCGGUAUCGGUGGGACUGCUGCCAAACGGGAUAUCGCCGCUUUGGCAGAUGGAGAUGAUCGUAAUGGAGAUUGGGAUAGCCCGAAACGACAACGACCACGCAAGUCCGUUGCGGUUUCAUCAUCCGCAGCUAAGGAUGCGGCUAAAGGAACCCUGGAUGCGCUCGACUCGUCCAUCCUGACCGUCAAGGUAUGGGAAGCCGUCUUCGACUUAUUCCAAUCCCAUUUUGCGACUAUUCUGCCUUUUCUGCACCCUGCCACUUUUAUGGGCCACAUUCGACAGCUGUCCGGUCCCCAGUCAUCCUCGUCAUCGACCGUCCCUGUAAAGCAAGAAAGCUCCCGAGAAAACGCCCAAAGUCCGCCGGCUACAAAGUCGGAUCCGAAUCCCUUGAUUCCCCUUGGAGUGCUUGCGCUCACUGCUCGAUUCCAUCCCCAACUUGUUGCUUAUCACUCUCCUCCGUCACAAGGGAACCCUUCGAAUCCAGCUCUCGCUUCCGAAUUCUACGCGACAGCACUGCGCAGCCGGCUGGCCGGUGUUGAUGGUGCCAGUCUUGCGAUACCUGACUUGACCCGCGUUCAAGCGUUGUUGAUGCUAGCGCUCCACGAGUGGGGCAUGUGUCGCGGUAAGAGUGCGUGGCUAUACGUGGGCAUGGCUAUCCGACUGUCCCAGGCUAUGGGCCUUCCAUAUGAAUUGGAGAACGAUGUCUUCUCGCGAGACGGCCCCAGGUCACCUUCCACAUUUAGAACAGAAGCAGAUCUCUUCGGCAUUUCCAAACGGGGUAUGGAACCGAAGGAGCAAACGUCAGACGAUGUAAUUGCUCAAGAAACAAAGCGACGUACCUUUUGGGCAUGCUUUAUCCUUGACCGAUGUUUGAGCAGUGGUAAAUAUCGCCCACGCAUGAUCCGAGUUAAGGAACUAGGUAUUCAGCUCCCUAGUGAUAAUGCUUUCGCCUUCGGAGAGCGUGUACGUACCUCGCGCCUCAGUGAGCCGGUCGUACGUCGCCCACAGAGCUUUGGUGCACAGGGUGUUCAGAUACCCAGCAUCCGCCAGAGCUUGGGAUUUGGAGACGACAAGCUCCCGAAUAAUAUUACCCCUGAUCCGAAGUCUUGGUCCCCCAUCUCCCGGAGAAAAGACUCGAGUGAAGAUGAGAUUGAUCGGUGGGAGAUCGGGGCUGAGGAGGCAGUAUUGAGCCGUGUCAUCCGUAUCAUUCGUAUCUGGGGUAGUAUUGCAAAGUGGUCCUGCGCAGGUGGCAGAAGGACUGAACAAUUACCUCCGUGGCAUCCCGACUCGCGGUUUUCUCGACUUCGGAUGAUCCUGGCUGAAUUCCAGGAUGGACUCUCCCGCAACCUCCAGUACUCGACGCGCCAUACGGAUACUCAUAUCAUGUACAAGACUACACCCCCUUACACCCUGAUGCAUGUGGUCUACUUCCUCUCAGUUCUUGUUCUCCACCGCGCCUAUAUUCCUUUCCUUCCUGUGCGUUGUACAGAGCCUUCUGGGCCUCUAGAUGAGCCUCUGUUUCCCGGCGAGAAAGUGGGUGCUCCAGAUGGUUUCUGGCGCGAAAGCGCUCGCGAGCUCUUCACUGCCGCCCGGCAGAUGAUGGACUUGGUUGUAACCUGCCAGGACCGCGGUGUGUUAGUUGAGAACCCAUUGGUUGGCUUUGCCAUCUACAAUGCCGCCUUUAUUGGCAUCUACGCCUCACACUUUCCACAAAUGGAUCCAGAAGGUGUCCUCGGCUCGAAGCCUACUUCAGCUGGUGAUGGAAACCAGCAAGGCCAAGCCCAAACACGAAAAGCUCUUGAUAUCCUCCGCGAAAUGCGGACAAGGCUCAAAAUGGCACGAGGCUGGUUCCGUACACUUAAUCGACUUCACAGUUAUUUCUCCAAGGUCAAACAGGAUUAUCGACGUCACUCUCGCAAACUAGACUCAAUCCCCGAGGUUUUCGACGUACAAACUAACGGUGUCCGGCCCGUGCGUGAAGGAGGAGCGGGUGGCGGUCUUGAAGAAUUCAAGCUGCUCGAAAAGUUGUUCCUUGACUUCGGCACUAUCGAGGACCAGUUGCCAGAAAAUGGCGCAGAUGAAGAUGGUGGGGCUGGGGUGAGUGAUCGGGUGACCAACAUCAGCGACGCCGGCAGCAAUGCUGUUCGCAGUGAUCCAGGAGAAACUAUUGAGGCUUCACUGGACGGCGCUGGUGGGCGCCGCGAGUCCUGGGUGCCUAUCAACAGCCCGGGAAUGCCCCUCCCUGGACCAGAUGGCGAGCGACGCCCCAGUCUCCCGCUCCCUCCCAGUCGGUCCUUGCAAUCCCAGUCUCCCUUCUCUCUUCCAUCGCUGCAGCACCAUCACGAUGGCCCUUUGUACAACAACUCAUCACCUACUCUUCCGGCCAUUGGGCCGACCGGGUCCUACGGGGCCCCGCCUAGCACAACAGCGGGCCCCGCCUCGUCACAAUAUAGCGCGGUUACAACACAGCCUGGCCGUCUUCAGCCCCUGAACCCAUGGCUGGGCUCUCGCCAGCAACCGCCACCACCGUACUCUCAGUCACUACCCCCAAUCAACGCAACCGCACCACAGGGUCUUCCACUGUUGCCGCCUCCCGGCUCAGUGCACCCGGCAGCCUCACCGCCUGCAACAGUGGAUGGGAUGGAAAGCUUCACAUCAAAUAGCCUGUGGUCUGCGAGCCUAGGAGGGGAUGAUGUGUUAGCCUUCCUUGAGGGGUGCGAGUACGAUCAAAUACAGGGAGUGACGCCAUCGGAGGGUAGUCUUCCGGGCGGUUGGUUAACCACCGUGUGGACCGAGUUUACCCGUUGACGUUCCUUGUCCUUUUUCCUUUUCCUUUCUUUCUAUCUUCGAUGAUUGAUAUUGGGCCAUUAUAUUUGCAUCCUUUCGUCUGUACUAUUAUUUUUGUGCGCGCCAUGUACUGUAUGAAUAUGUAUGCCGCUUCAGCGGAGUAACGAUGAUCAAACAAGGGUUGGGCACAAGGUCGGUCAAAAGGUGGUCCAUAAAUGACACAGAGAGGAUGGGAUUCGGCGUCUACUUUGACUGCUUUUACCGGGCGUAUGUUAGGGAUCAAUUUUUUUUACCUUGAGCGCGGCGUCUGGUUGAAUGCUUGACUGGGAUGGACUUCUUGCGAUUUUGCAUGACUGUUGA